UUUCAAGAAACGAGUGUAGAUUAAUUUUACUUUAUGAUAUUGUUGCCUGCAUAAACGUAUAAUAUUGUAGCAAUGUUCACCCAAAUAUACACAUUCGUCAAUGGUUAUUUUAGUAAAUUUUAUAUAUAUGUUACGUGACCGCCAUCUUAGAAUUACAAGCGCGUUUUUAUUUUAUUUUGUAUCUCUUUUCUGUGCACUUAUUUGGCAUGAGGCCAUUGCGGUCGCAGCAUUGCGGCCCAGACGAAAAAUACUCUGACAGCUGUCAAGAAGAUAUAUGCAGUAGUGUUAAGUUUGAAGUUUAAGUUAAAAAAGUAAUUUUGAAGUUUUAAUAAUCAAAUUCCUAAACCGUAAAAAUUGACAAUCGUUUGUCAAAGUCUCAAAAAUUCUUAAAACUUACAAUCGGAGUUUGUAAUAAAAUUCUUAUAAUAAAUAUUUUAAAACAAUGUUUUCGCCAGAUAUGCGGCAUCAAGAAGAAGUAAAUGCAGCAUUAGAUCGACAAAUACGACAGGAAAUUCAGGACAUGGCUAAUGAAGCAAAAAUACAAGCGGACAUUAUUUCUCAAGAAGCUCGAGAACGUUUUAAUUCUACAUCGAGUGUUGAAGAAGUAUCUCAGGACGAAAUGGAUCAGGACGGUGUUACAGUGCUUGGCAUGGUAGAAGUAGACGAGGAUGAUAAUGUUGACCAUGAAAAUAUUGUAGAGGAGGAUAUGGGUGAUAUUACGGAUAUGCAUGAUGUUUCUGAUUACAAAGACAUGAUGGAGUCUCAAGAAAGUAACAUGGACUCAGCAUCAAUGCGUAAACGUCGCGGUAAUCUUCCUAAAUAUUCAGUUAAAAUUUUAAAACGUUGGUUAUACGAGCAUCGUUAUAACGCUUAUCCAAGUGAUGCGGAAAAAUUCACUCUGGCACAAGAAGCGAAUUUGACAAUAUUACAGGUUUGUAAUUGGUUUAUAAAUGCACGUCGUCGCAUAUUACCAGAAAUGAUUCGUCGAGAAGGCAAUGAUCCACUUCAUUUUACUAUUUCUCGUCGUGGCAAAAAGCUUAAUAACAGCAUGGGUAGCUCCAUACACAGUUCGAGUAAUGUACCAAAUCCAAUUACUGGAAGUCCUGCGUCAGAAGUUAUUGUGGGUGCAACUGAAGAAGUGCAAGGAGAAGAAGUGCAUGAUGGUGUAGCGAAUGUACUCACUACCCUCUAUCAGCAAGCGCCCAACGGACAUAUGGUUAAAGUUGAACCUGAAAUAGAUUAUGAUGAUAAUGUAAUAUAUAGAUGGCAACAAGCUAUCACCGCAAAUCCAAUCGGCUUUAAGUCCCUUCAUCCUGAUAUCCAAUCUAAAAUAUUAACAAAAAUUUGCGAAGGGCAACAACAACAUAAUUUUCAAGCUAAUUCCUACACUAUGUCCUUACAUUCUCAAAAUAUUAUAGAAAAUCACAUUUUUAAAUUGAAUCCUAAAAACGAAUCUCAGUAUGUAAAUUCUAUUCAUGAUUCUUCUGCUGCUUAUCAAAUUGAAAACAAUAUUCAAGAUCCCUCUACUGCCUAUAAAAUGGAAAAUGAUAUUGAAGAAUCCUCUACUGCAUAUCAAAUUGAAAACAAUAUUGAAGAACCUUCUACUGCCUAUAAAAUUGAAAAUGAUAUUGAAGAACCCUUUACUCCAUAUCAAGUAAGAAGCAAUAUUGAAGACCUCUCCACUGUAUACGAAAUUGAAAACAAUAUUGAAGAACUCUCUACUGCUAAUAAAAUUGAAAAUAUUAUUGAAGAACCCUAUAGUCCAUAUCAAAUGGGAAGCAAUAUUGAAGACCUUACUGCUUACCAAAUUGAAAACAAUAUUGAAGAACCCUCUUCUGCAUAUCAAAUUGAAAACAAUAUUGAAGAAUCCUCUUCUGCAUAUCAAAUAGAAAACAAUACUGAAGAAUCCUCUUCUGCAUAUCAAAUUGAAAACAAUAUUAAAGAACCCUCUUCUGCAUAUCAAAUUGAAAACAAUAUUGAAGAAGCCUAUAUUCCAUAUCAAUUUGGAAGUAAUAUUCAAGACCUCUCUACUGCAUAUCAAAUUGAAAACAAUAUUGAAGAACCGUCUAUGCCAUAUCAAAUAGAAAACAAUAUUGAAGAAUCAUCUAUGCCAUAUGAAAUUCAAAACAAUAUUGAAGAGCCCUUUAUUCCAUAUCAAUUAGGAAAUAAUAUUCAAGACCUUCCUACUGCAUAUCAAAUUGAAAAAAAUAUUCAAGAACCAUCUAUGCCAUAUCAAAUUGCAAGCAAAAUUGAAAAACUAUCUAUGCCAUAUCAAAUUGCAAGCAAAAUUGAAGACCCCUGCAUCCCAUAUCAAUUUGGAAGCAAUAUUCAAGACUUCUCUACCGCAUAUCAAAUUCCAAACAAUAUUGAAGGCCCCUAUAUUCCAUAUCAAUUUGGAAAUAAUAUUCAAGACCUCUCUACUGUAUAUCAAAUUGAAAAAAAUAUUGAAGAACCAUCUAUGCCAUAUCACAUUGAAGGUAAAAUUGAAGAACCAUCUAUGCCAUAUCAAAUUGCAAGCAAAAUUGAAGAACCCUAUAUUCCAUAUCAAUUUGGAAGUAAUAUUCAAGAUCUCGCUAAUGCAUUUCAAAUUGCGAGAAAUAUUGAAGACCAACAAGAUAUGAGAUCUGAGGAUGAUAGUAUCAAUGAAUACGACUCUUGUGAAGGGGUUAGUGAGGAGGAAGGUAAAUUUGACAAUUCAGAUGCGUGGCAAAGUGUAAUGAAGACUGUUUUCAGUACCGAGGAAGUAACAACCACAAGUCCGACGAGCACAAAAAAUACAUACUGGACUUUGUCACACGUGCCUCACUCCACAACCGUAUCAAAUUCAAAUGUAGCAGAUCACAAUAUUUUAGCAGCACAAGCCGCAGCAAAUGUAAAUGCUGUCGUAUCCUCUGCUCAAUUAGUUGAAGAAGAAGAGGAAGACGAGGAGGAUGAAGAUGAGGAUGAUGAAGUGGAAGCGGAAGCGGAAGAACAAGAAAUUGUGGGCGCUGAGGGAACUGUUUUUACAUCCUCAAACGUGAUUACAACCGACGAUGACAACAAUAAUGUCAGUGAAACAAGAGCUAAUUAUCCGUCUGUGAAACUUAGCAAUCCAAGCGGAUGCAAUAAAACGAGCUAUCGCGAUGAAAAGGACAAAUUUAAAUGUUUAUAUUUGCUCGUGGAGACUGCAGUUGCAGUACGUCAAAGGGAAAAAGUAAAAGAUGAUGAACUUCAUGUUCUUGGCAAUUGAAGAUUUCUGUUUUAGAUUUUAAUGCGCGCAAACAGUUGAACGUUGAACAGCAAUGUGAAUAGUAGCCCAUAUUUUUGUUUUAAAUUGAUUAUAAUCAUAAGUACUUUUAUUCCCACCUCACAGAGAAGUCAUGCAUUUUAAUAUCUCUAAAAAUUAGUUUAAUUUCAUUGUAUGUACAGAAUAUUUGUAUAUAUGUUUAAGAAAUGUUUGUAGGCGACUAUUUGAAUUGUAAAAUAAACUAAUUACUAUAAUAUUAAGAAUAUUUAAUUGUUAGAUGUGUAUAUCAUAAAAACCAUUUGUAAUUUAAAAUAAUUAUUUAAUAUUCGUACUAUUAAGAAAAA